GAGAGAGAGAGAGAGAGAGAGAGAGAGAGAGAGAGAGGUGUUUUUCUUAAAUGUAAUGAAUGAUCUUUCUUGAGUCAAAAUACACUCUGCAGCUGAAGCAGAAACUAAGUGGAAUUCAAAGAGGAGAGGGUGUCUGUUUUGUUUCUUUGUUUUAUUUCUGGCUUUCCUUUGUCUCUAUUUCUACUACUUAAUCCAAUUCCAUAAAACAUCUUUUAGCACUAUCAUCAUCAUCCAAACUUGGAACCCUACACAAAAUCCAAACCCUCAAACUACUGUCAUAAAUCAGACACAAACUCAGUAAUUGCACAAGAGCAAGCGGGCAAGCAGCUGUUUCUUGGCUAAAUUUUCAGGCAACAAUGGUUUUGGGAUGGCGAAGAGCAUUUUGCACAUCAAUACCAAAGGAUCAAGAAAGGGACUCUCACUCACCCAUCACCAAAGAUAAACCCGCCCCGACUCCCAGUCCAAGACUCACCUCCAGAUUCGGUGGGUUUUUCUCCACCCCAUCAACCCCCCGCCUGCAGUCUCAACCCAUGGUGGCGCCGCCGCCGCCCAGUGCCUCAGUUCCCAGCAACUCAGCUCCUCAAAGCCCCAGACUUCAAUGCAAAACCAGAGACAGCCCCAGAUUCUUCCACCACCGCUCCAGUACCCCUUCCUCACCUCGCUCUCCAUCCACCUUUUCUUUACUCAAAUCAAGCAUGCGCCUCUCCAAGAGUAGGUGUGGGAUAUGCUUACAAAGGGUUAAGACAGGGCAAGGGACGGCCAUAUUCACGGCGGAGUGCGGCCACAGCUUCCAUUUCCCGUGCAUCGCGGCGCACGUGAGGAAACAGGGGUCUCUCACGUGCCCCAUUUGCAACUCCACAUGGAAGGAAAUGCAUCUUUUGCACUCUGAUUACAGUUCCAAUUUCAAGAACGAUACGAGAUGCAUAUUCAAAACGUAUAAUGAUGAUGAGCCGCUGUCGUCGCCCACAUGGGGAGCGCGGUUCAACCCGAUACUUGAAUCCGAUGAGACUGAAGAAGAAAAUGAGGAGUUUCCGGGCUUUUUCGUUGCUGAUAAUGUGAUUCCAGCAGAGAUGAAGGCAAGAAACGUGGAGGUUGCCCUGUCGUCCGAGGCGGCGGUGGUUUCAGUGGGUAAGAGGAGCGAGACUUACGUCGUUGUCUUGAAAAUCAAAGCACCGGCGGCGACUGCUCGGAGGGCUCCCAUUGAUCUAGUGACGGUGCUCAACGUCAGCCGCAACAUGACGGGUGAUAGGCUUCAUCUAAUGAAAAAAGCAAUGAGGUUGAUGGUCUCGUCCCUCUCCUCAGCCGACCGCUUAUCCAUCGUGGCGUUCUCCACCGCCUCGAAGCGAUUGUUGCCGCUCCGCAGAAUGAACACCGGCGGCAGGAGGGGGGCGCGUAGGAUAAUUGAGGCCGUCGUGGCCUUAGACGGUGCCGCCACCAGUGCCAACGACUCACUGAAAAAGGCCGCCAAGGUUAUCGAGGACCGCCGCGAGAAAAACCCUACAGCAAGCAUCGUGCUUUUCACUGAUGGUCACCUCGGUGGCCCCCUCGUGUCGUCGACCAGGUUCUCGGACAUGGACAUCCCCGUUCAUUUCGUGAACCUAAGCGCGUGUCUCAACGCGCCUCCGGACGAGACAUUCGCAAAAUACAUUAGCGGUUUAUUAAACGUGGUUAUUCAGGAUCUGAAAAUUCAUCUGGGAUUCACAUCCGGUUCGGCUCCGGCGGAGAUCUCCGCCGUUUAUUCUAACAAGGGUAAACCGGCAUUUCUUGGAUCCGGGUCAAGUUGGUGUCGGGUCGGGGACUUUCACUCCGAAGAAGAGAGAGACUUGUUGAUAGAAUUGAAAGCCCCAUCAUCAUUCGGAGGCUCCCAACAGCGCCUCCUAUCCGUCCGAUGCUCAUACAAUGACCCGUCGACCCAACAACCUAUACACGAGAAAGAAAGGCGGCUCCCGGUUCCCCGUCCACGCUCCGGCGGAUCCUCCACCCGCGACAUCCAACGACUCAGAUGCCUCUUCGUCACUACACGCGCUCUGGCCGAAAGCAGGAGACUCCUCGACAUAAAUGACGUCGGCGGGGCUCACCACAUGUUGGCUUCAGCUCGGGCUCUGGUUCUGCAGACAGCUUCGGCUGCGGGUGAGGAGUUUUUGCGCCGGCUGGAGGCUGAUCUAACUGAACUGAGUUGGAAGAGGAAGGAGGAGAUGCAGCGGGGGCGGCCGCGAAGGAGGAACAACCACGAAAAAGAAGCCGGGCACACGGAGGACAAAGCCGACCCGCUUACUCCCACGUCAGCUUGGCGGGCGGCUGAGCGGCUGGCUAAAGUCGCCAUCAUGAGAAAGUCUUUGAAUAGGGUCAGCGAUUUACAUGGCUUUGAGGAUGCUAGGUUUUAAUUUCUUUUUCUUUUUUCUGUUUAUUUGUUAGAAUAAAAUUGAAAAUAAAACCUUGUAUAAUAAUUAA